AUGCCCAAGUCAAAACGAGCCAAGGUCUACCACCUGACGCAGGUGACCAAGAAGACGCGCGAGAAUAAGGAGAAGCUCUUUGAAAACAUUCGCGCCUGCAUACCCGAGUACCAGCACUGCUUCGUCUUCAGCGUCGAUAACAUGCGGAACAAUUAUCUCAAGACGGUGCGACAGGAGCUGAGCGACUGCCGACUCUUCUUCGGCAAAACAAAGCUCACGGCGCGGGCGUUGGGCUCGACGCCCGAGGAUGCACAGGCCGAGGGCAUCGACAAGCUAGCGCCGUACCUGUCGGGGACGGUCGGCCUGAUUUUCACAAACCGGGAGCCGGCGACCAUCGAGUCGUACUUCGAGUCGUUGACGCAGGUCGACUUUGCGCGGGCGGGGACGGUAGCGACGCAGACCUUCAUCAUUGCUCCGGGCGUGCUGUACUCGACGGGCGGCGAGGUGCCCGUCGAGAACGACGUGCCCGUGUCGCACUCGCUCGAGCCCGAGCUGCGUCGCCUGGGCAUGCCCACGCGCAUGAUCCGCGGCAAGGUCGUGCUCGGCGACGAGGACGGCACCGGCUCCGAGCCCUACACCGUCUGCCGCGAGGGCGAGGUGCUCGACUCGCGCCAGACACGCCUGCUCAAGCUCUUCAGCGUGUGCAUGAGCGAGUUCAAGGUCCAGCUCAUGGCCUACUGGAGCGCCUCCACGGGCGAGGUCACCCAGCUGACCGCCCCGCCUCUUGUUGCUUCAGCUGCCUCCAAGAAGGCCAGUGCCGCGGACGCGAUGGACGAGGAUAAUGAUGAAAAUAACGAUGAUGACAACAUAUAG